CAAAAUGAGCAGCUCCGAGGAAGUCUCCUGGGUCACCUGGUUCUGUGGACUUCGUGGCAAUGAGUUCUUCUGCGAGGUGGACGAGGACUACAUACAGGAUAAAUUUAAUUUAACUGGUUUAAAUGAGCAGGUGCCCAACUAUCGGCAAGCCUUGGACAUGAUCUUGGAUCUGGAGCCGGAGGAUGAGCUCGAAGAUAAUCCCCUGCAAUCGGAUAUGACCGAGCAGGCCGCCGAGAUGCUCUAUGGACUCAUACACGCUAGAUAUAUAUUAACAAAUCGCGGCAUCGCUCAAAUGAUUGAGAAAUAUCAAACUGGCGAUUUCGGACACUGCCCACGUGUCUACUGUGAAAGUCAGCCUAUGCUGCCAUUGGGUCUGUCGGACAUCCCCGGCGAGGCAAUGGUGAAGACCUAUUGCCCCAAGUGCAUUGACGUGUACACACCAAAAUCGUCGCGCCAUCACCACACCGAUGGCGCCUAUUUCGGCACUGGAUUUCCACACAUGCUCUUUAUGGUGCACCCCGAGUAUCGUCCCAAGCGUCCUACUAAUCAGUUUGUUCCAAGGCUGUAUGGCUUUAAAAUACACAGCUUAGCUUAUCAAAUUCAGCUGCAGGCAGCAGCCAAUUUUAAAAUGCCCCUACGAGCGAAAAACUAAUUCAAUAAAAACCACCAAUAAAAAAAAAUAUAUAAACAAAACUACAACACAAACACAUACGCACGAACACACAACAAACAAAAAACCAAUUCAUUCAAUUGCAUGUAAACCAAACAAAAAUCGAUACAAAAAAAAAUAUAUUAUAAAAAUCGAAAUGAUAGUUUACAACGGGAAGACCAAUAGACAGCAAUACACAACAACAACAACAACAACAACAACAGCAACAGCCACACUGAGAGACGGAGAGAGAGACAACUGUAUUGAGGUUUUUGAGCGCCAGGAGCAAAGAAUCAUUUUUACAAAUAUAAAAACUAAAAAAAAAAUAAAACAAAACAAAUUGCGUUUAUAUUUAAAGACAAAACGAAACAAAAAAACCAAAUUAAACAUUAAACAGAAUAAAUUGUAUAACAAAACGUAAUAGAUGAAAGGAAAACUCCACACACACACAUUCACCGAUUCAUUUAGCAUCUUAAAACAUGUGGAAAUAUCAUGCUAUUUAAUAUCUUUUUUUUUUUUUAAUUCACUACAAUUCUUUAAAUUUGAUCUAUAUAAAAAAAAAAAAAAAAAACAUUCAAGGACAUAUGUAUUAUGUUAGCUUUUAGUAUUACCGAGAGCAGGAAAUCCCUUAGAUUGAAGUUUAAGUUCAAGGACUACUAUACAUGCAUAACUCUCAAACAUAUAAAACUAUCACUCACACACACACAUACACAACAUGCAUAUAUAUAUAUAUUAUUUGCUUUAGUCAAUUAACCGAUUAUUUUGUUUUUAAUAACUGUUCGUUUCGUCACCUUUGAUGUAUGUAUGUUUUUUGUGUGGCAUUUUACAACACUGGCAGUGCAACACUUGACCAAAAAGAAAAAAGAGAAAUGGUAAUGAAAGAAAACAAACGAAAACAAGAAACAAACAAACAAAAGAGACUCGAAUUAGACAGAGAAGAGAGAGUGUGUGAGGAAGAUAAAGAUAUAGAUAGAAGGAGAUAGAGGUAGGAAAAACAAAAAGAAAGUAAUUUAAAGUAGAGAAAACAACGAUAAAAGCAACAUAGUACUUCCAAAUAAUAAAGAAGCAAAAUAACGAUCAGCAUUUAUGUAAAACGACAACGCUAAUAAUACCCUGUAUAAAUCCCAUAGCAGUCCCUAAGGUGUAUCAAGAAAGUAAAGAUGAACAAAUCAUUGCCGCUCAAGAAAAUUAAGGAUAAAUAUAAUAAAAAGAAAGCUCCCUCAAAGAAGUAACCGUAAAACAGCAUCCAAUACAGUCAUCCCCAUCCUAUCACCCGCACACCCACAGAUACAUAGCCCCAAAAAAAGAACACACACAGAAUGAUAAAAAAAAAAGAAGAGAGGAGAAGAAAAGCAACCGCUUGGAAAAUAUGGAUAUGGAUGAAUGAGGAAGCAAAAAUGGCAGCGCAGCACUCAAGCAACGAAACGAACGAAAUCGAAAGAAAAGAAGCCCCAAAAAGCACACACAGACACACACAAUCAAACAAGAACACACACAUACACCUUAAAACACACACACACUCUGAGACAACCAAAAAAAAAAAAAGAAACACUCAUGAGCAUGCACGGACAAGCAGGAAAAGAUAUGGAAAAAGGACCGAGCGCUGCAUCCUUUUUCCAUGAUGUUGUGCACACACUGUAAUACAACGUAACAACCAACGUAAAGGCAAGUGUUGCCUUAUCGUUCCCAGAAGCAAUAAAAAAAAAGAAACAAAAACUUGUGGCAGUGUUCAACAAUCAAUCAAAAAAACGCAUAGAAAAACGAAUAAUGAAUAAAUCGAAAAGAGAAGUCAGCAUUUCAAAUUCAUUGCAGAUUGUGUGUGUUCAGUAAAGUUAAAAAAAAAAAAAAGAUAAUGAAU